UGUCCCACGAAACGUCGAUAAUUUCGUCCCGCAUCAUCCAGUCGGCCCCAGACAAAACACCUCGACGAGCAUAUGUAUCAUCACUCAACCCACCAGUACAACUAUUAGACAGUUUUUGGCCCGUCCAAGCUGUUGUCCAGUCACUCUCUGCGAGCAAUUUCCUAUCCACUCGAGCAUUCCGAUCUUCCGGCCCUUUCGGUCCCAUUAUAUCAAGCCACUAUACGAGCAACGUUUCAAACGUAACUAAUAAACGAACGGAAAAAUAUAUCCCAGGUUGAAUACCCAUCGACCCAAAAGAGUUCAGAAACCAUCAGCACUCGCCAUGGAUCACUCAUACCACCACGUCCAAGCAAUGGGACAACAGUCCCCGUUCUUCUACUAUAACCCAGACCCAAAACCCGACAACCGCCAACAUGGCCAUUUCUCGCAGCAGCCGAGCAACAUCCAUGUCCCAGUAUACCACCCCCAUGUGCAGCCUAUGCCUUCGACUCCGAUCUACUCCAGACCGAAUUCCGCAUGCUCACAGCCACCGAUGCCUAUGCAGAUGUACAACAACGGAUUCCCCAUGAACAUGACGCCCAUGGCAUCACCACGUCCCAUAUACCAGAAGCCAACCAUCUUGGUCCAGGAGCACACCCCUCGAUUGAUGAUUGAAUCCGACACUCGUGAUGGAGAGAUGUACUACUACCCAUCUACACCGCCCCUGUCAGCUUCAGGAAGCAGCAUCAGCAGCCCAUCCAACUGUGAAGGUCUGCCAACCCCCAUGAACACCAUGUUCUUUGGCUUCGAGGGAUUCGAGGGCGUGAAGGCAGGAUGCCAAGGAGAAGUUCAAUCCGAGAACCUCGCAGGUGGCGAAUGGGCCCGAUGUGGGUCACCUCCCAUGACACCAGUGUUCAUCCAACCUACCUCGCUUAUGAGCAACGGGAACGCUAAGGAACUCCUCUCUGCGGCAUCUUGUCCCUCACUUUCUCCAUCCCCUUCCCCUUACCCACGAUCUGUCAUUUCAGAACAAGACUUCGACUUCUGCGAUCCGCGCAACCUGACUGUUGGAGCUGGACAAUCACCCAACCCACCUGUCACCAAGACAACAGUCCCCACGGAAUUUCCUCAGCUCCCUACACUCUGCGCAGGCGACGACGAGGCGCAUCAGUUUAUGCUAGGAGGCGAGACGUACAAUAAGGUUGCCGAGACUCAGGCGAAAUUCAAUUUCUCCACACAAGCGCACAACCACGGUCUACCUACAUUCGAUCAAUACUCCGAUCUCGACUCGGAAGAAGAUUUCGUCAACGGCCUUGUCAACUUCCCUACCAUUGAGAACGUCCAAUUCUUCGGUGCCAAGAGACAACGAACCAACUCUGGCUCUGACCUCCUGUCGUUAGACCACGAGCAGUUCAUCAGCGAAGACGAGUUCGAGGACUUUGAGGAAUUCGAAGAUUCAGAGCAAUUCGCAACUGCUUGCCUGCCUUCCCCACCCGCAUCUGGGUCCGAAACCGAAGUCAAGAAGGAGAAGCGCAGCAAGAAGUCCAAGAAGGCUUCGUGUGACGAGGAUAGCACCGAGUUCGACAACCUCGUCAGGUCUCGCAAGUACACCGUCCCAAUGAACGCUGCAAGCGGAGCCCCCCCUCAACAAACCGGCGAGGGACAGCAAACCUCGACCGCCCCCAGCCAAUCUGGUUCAUCCGAAGCUGCUUCAACUAGCAAUGCUAUGGGCACCGGCUCCGAUGCAGGCAACGCUCAACCAACUGUCAACCGUCGUGGACGCAAGCAAUCCUUGACAGAGGAUCCAUCCAAGACCUUUGUCUGUGAAUUGUGCAACCGAAGAUUCAGACGCCAAGAACAUCUCAAGAGACAUUACCGUUCCCUCCACACCCAAGACAAGCCAUUCGAAUGCCAUGAGUGCGGCAAGAAGUUCUCCCGCAGUGACAACCUCUCCCAACACUCUCGCACACACGGAAGCGGUGCUAUCAUCAUGGGCGUCUUGGAAGAUGGCGAGCUACCCAGCGACCACCUUGAGUCGGCCAGCGAUGGUGAGCACAUCCAACAGUUGGGCAAUGUUCUCUUCCGUGUUGCAGCCGGUGCAUCUGGCAGCGACACUGAGGCUACCUCCGACAGCAGUGGAAACGACGGCCAAUCACGAAAGAAGCGCAAGCGUUCCGAAUAAUGGACUCAAACGGGAUGAAUGAACAAUGAGUCCGAGGGGUACGCCAGAUUACGAGUCUCA